UCCUUAGUGCAAUCAAAAUCCUUAAUUCUACUUUUUCCUGAAAUCUCACUCCCAUCUCUUAAUCUUCCUUUGAGAUUGGAAUUUCAAAGAGUUUUGGUUCUGGGAAUUUAAAGUUUUUGUAGUAAUCGACACAAGAUCGAUUUAAAAGAAGAAGAAUAAAGUAUUGUUAAGUUCAAUUCAAUAUCUAGAGAUCAAUGGGUAGUGCAGCAACAAAGCCAAGAUAUUCAAAGUCUAAUCUUCUUGAUACGUCGUCGAAGUCGAUAAAUGAGACUGUGAAUGGCUCACAUGAAUUUGUGAUCAGAGGGUACUCCCUUGCAAAGGGAAUGGGAAUUGGUAAACUCAUCAAAAGUUUUGCAUUCACUGUUGGUGGCUAUGAAUGGAUUAUAUGCUUUUACCCAGACGGCCAAACUGCAGCUUACAAGGAGUUUGUGUCGGUAUUUGUUGUGUUAUUAAGCCCUGGUACUGAUGUUAGAGCAUUGUUUGAAUUGAAAUUAUUGGAUCAAAGUGGUAAAGGGAAACAUAAAGUUGAUAGCCAUUUUGAUUCUCCAUUGGAGACUGGUCCUUUUACUUUGAAAUCCAAAGGAAGCAUAUGGGGAUUUCCGCAGUAUCUUAAAAGGUCGGUUUUGGAAAGUUCAAAUUAUCUCAAAGAUGAUUGUCUAGUCAUCCAUUGCACGGUUGGUGUAGUGGGAACUCGUGUUGAAGGGAGGAAACAUUAUGCCAUUCCCGUACCUCCGUCAGAUAUGAUUCCGAGUCUCAAGAGUUUGCUCGAAUCUGGUACUGGUUCUGAUAUCACUUUUCAAGUUGGGGAUAAGACAUUCAAAGCCCAUAAGUUGGUUGUUGCAACUCGGUCGCCUGUAUUUAGAGCUCAAUUUUUUGGACUAGUGGGAAAUCCUGGCAUGAAUACGGCAGUCAUUGAGGAUUUUGAUCCCAUUGCAUUCAAGGCCAUGUUGCUGUUUUUGUACUCGGAUGAACUUCCGGAAGCACACGAACUUUUUGACUCAGAUCCUCGUUGUACUUCAACUGUAGUUGUCCAGCAUCUAUUAGCUGCAGCAGAUCGCUUUGAUCUUGCUCGAUUAAAACUCAUUUGUGAGGCAAAGUUAUGUGAAGAAAUUGCUGCAAACACUGUGGCAAUAACACUGGCCUUAGCAGAACAGCACCACUGCGUGCAACUCAAAACUGUGUGCCUAAACUUUGCGGCUAGACCAGAAAAUUUAGGAGCGGUGAUGCAAUCUGAAGGGUUUGCGUAUUUGGAGGAUAGUUGUCCCUCCUUGCUGCUAGAGCUGUUGGAGACAGUAGCUGAAGUGGAUAAGGAAUCAAGCCAUAUAUUUAACAGAAAAAGGAACGGACACAAUAGCAGCAGCAACGCCAAUACCGGUCUCAGAGGACUAGUUUCGAGUUGUUCUGAGUUUGUGGUCAAGUACUUUCUGUUGUGCUGUGAGAAUGACCGACUGUGAAGUAAAACAUGUGAACCUAUGGUAUUGGGAAAUGGUUAAUUUCAGUUGUGAACAUGUCGCAGUGUUUCGGAUUUUUUCAGUGUUUGGUAUAUAAUUAGUGGGAGCGUGCAAGAAUUGUGACCUGAACAGCGCUUGAUGCGUUACAGAGUGAAUGUAUGUGAAGCUUUUUUUCUUUUUAUUCCAACAGAUCUUGGAAUUGGUGUGCAGAAGCCUUGCAAAUUUUUCUUUUCUUUCCACUGGUUUUAUAAUCUCACAAGGAGAAUCAACGGCAUCAAUGAUCGAUGACGCCAUACAUAAAGCAA